UUGAAGAAAAUUUUGUUUUUUGUUUUUUGUUUUUUAUUUUUAUAUUUUAAAAAAAAGCUUAAUUAGUUAGGCCGCCAUGGAAGGAGGAGCUUCAGCAGCAGACGAACCCCAACCCCAACCCCAAGCCAUGACAUCAAUUGAUCUCUCCCUAAAGCUCGAUCCACAGCAGCACCCCAACACGCCCGUGUCGGCACAAGAAUUACGCCACCAGAAGAACAACAUCCUCGACGAAGAAGAAGAAGAAAAAACAGACGACGAUAACAACAAAAAGAACAAUGAUUUUAACAGUAAAGCCUACCAGCUGUUGAGCUUGCAGAAGCAGAUGGAUCAGAUGAAGGAGGAGAACAAAAUUCUCCGGUGCGCCGUCGGCCGGACGAUGAAAGAUUACGCUGAUCUCCAGGCAAAGUUCUCAUUUUUUCAACGGAAUAAUACCAAUCAUAACCACAGCUAUGAUCAUCAAUCCAAGGAUGAUGAUGGUGAUCCUGGAGUCUGCAACAGUAAUCAGACACUUCCAUUACAGCAGCAGCAAAAAGAGCUUAACGAGAAAGAAAACGACGACGAAUUAGGUCUGUCGCUGCGGCUCGACGGCGGCCGGAGAAUCGACGACGAGCCGAGGAAGGGACAAGAUCAGACAAGUGGAAAAAAUUUGGGGAAUAAUAUGAGUUCAUCAUCUGCAGCAUCAGUAGUACCAAAUAAGAGGGCUAGGGUUUGUGUGAGGGCAAGAUGUGAAUCUGCAACUAUGAACGACGGAUGCCAAUGGAGAAAGUACGGACAAAAAAUUGCCAAGGGAAACCCUUGCCCACGAGCUUAUUAUCGUUGCACUGUUGCUCCGGGAUGCCCGGUGCGAAAACAGGUGCAAAGAUGUUUAGAGGACAUGUCGAUAUUGAUCACAACAUAUGAAGGGACCCACAACCACCCGCUCCCGGUCGGAGCCACCGCAAUGGCCUCAACAGCGUCGGCCGCCGCUGCCUCCUUUGUCCUUCUAGAUUCCGGCAACAACCCAUUUUCCGACGGGCUGACGUCAUCGUCGUCAUCAUCACCCUACAUGUCAAAUCCCCAAUUCCCAAACUACCCCUUCAACCCUAAUUUCACAAACCCUAAUAAUAUCCCCUCAUUCAUCCCAACCCUAUUUCGGCCAAAUUACCAUCAUGACCCUGCCAAGGGCAUCGUCCUCGACCUCACCAACGGUGCAGAUUCAUCGACGAACACAGCCUCAAGCUCGAUUCCCAAUUUGGGAUUCAAUUCCAGUUCUAUCCCCAAACCUGCUGUUUCCAAUUUGGGUCUGAAUCUGAUCAAUCAUUUUAGCAAUUAUUCGAAUCACAGCAGAGGAGAGCAGACUGGCCACGGCGAGAAGAACAGCUCCUUGAUUUUGGCUGAGAAUGUAAGCUCUGCCAUAGCCUCUGAUCCCAAGUUUAAGGUUGCUGUUGCAGCAGCCAUUUCUUCUCUGCUCAGCAAGGAAGCUCAACCAGGCGCCUCUUCCGCGCCUGACAGGGAGUUGAAGCCCUAGUGAAUCGCAGCCGUUCGUUGUGUGGGGUCCGCGGAAUCGACGGUGGGACUUUGUCCCGGAGUUCUGGUCCAGGGAGCUUCUUAUUUUCCAGCCGGAUCAACUGCCUUCCACGCUCUUUUUAGGUUUGUUUCGUUAUUGUUUUUACAGAAAAUUGUGUAGUUUCUAAUUUUUAUUUUUAUUUUAUUUGAAGGGAUUUAAUUUUGGAUUAUUAAAUACUAGUAAUAUUAAUUAAUUUUGGAGAGUGAGGAUUUGAAAUUUAAUAUUAAUUAAUGAGUGAAAUGCAUGUGAAGGCUUGACUGUUGUAAAGCUCUAGGAGUUGAACUUGUAAGAGUUUUAUUUAAA